AUGUCAAACAUUCAGAAAGUCGAAUAUGAGGCACUCACUGUCUCCGGAGAUAACUACCUCAAAUGGGCCCUUGACACCAAGAUCUACCUCAACUCAAAAAGUCUGGGUGAAUGCAUCAAAGAUCCCAACACCGCGACUCAAACAGAACGGUACUCGGCGAUAUUUAUUAUCCGCCAUCACCUCGCUGAGUCUCUCAAGCAACAAUACCUCACUCUUGAGGAUCCACUCGAACUUUGGGUGGCACUGAAAAAGCGAUAUGACCAUCAGAAAACGGUCAUACUGCCCCAAGCCAAGUUCGACUGGAAGAACCUACGGUUCGAAGAUUUCAAAUCCGUCGAAGAAUUCAAUUCCGAACUCUUUCGGAUAGUUGCACUCAUAAAACUAUGUGGCGAGGAGGUCACUGAUAAGGAUAUGCUAGAGAAAACAUUCUCUACUUUUGGCACUCCCAAUGUUGUUCUCCAACAACAAUACCGUGCCAUGAAUCAUAGCACCUAUGAGGAUUUGAUAUCUUGCUUACUGCUUGCUGAGAAGAACAAUCAGCUUCUGUUGAGGAACAGUGCCAUGCGGCCUCCAGGAUCAGCCCCAUUGCCAGAAGGAACCAGAAAAGAGUCCAACUUCGUCCAACGUAACAGAUCCUCAGAUCGUGGACGUGGACGUGGAAAUGGACAUGGACUGCGCGGCAAAGGACGCGGUAGACCGAACCAAGAUAACCGACCUAACCUCAGUUUUUGGUCGGGAUGCGGAAUGACUAAUCAUUGGGUCAAGAACUGCCGUACUUCCAAAUAUCUUGCUGAGCUCUACCAGAAGUAUGGGAAAGAUAAUCAUGAGGCUAACCUGGUUCAUCAAGUCAAUGAAGAUGACUCAAAGGAUGAUAAGAUUGAUGGCAUGGAUUAUGAGCUCUCCGACCUUCUUGAUUGA